AAAGGGUAUAAGAAUGUACGUACGACGAACUAUCUCAACUUUUGAUUUGAUUUGUUUUUUAUAGAAAAUGUAAUGAUAUACGGAAAAUUUGUUUCAUUAUGUAACUGCAACACAUAUAAAUAUAUUAGAAGAUUGAUGAGGAAUGAUUUAGCAUAGAUUCUAUCCGUUUCAUCAUCCGUAAUUGUUACUAAUUAUGUCCCUCAUUCACGUCACCCCUUCUGCAUCUGAUAGAUUAACCCAAACAAAAUGGCAAUUGAAGUGAAGAUCUUAUCUCCGAGGAGCAGAGAUUCAAGCGUUUUUAUGUUAAUUCUUUCGAUUUUCAUUGCAUUUGGAGAGGGAAUACAAGUUUCGUAUCUGUACAAUAGCUGCAAUACCACAAUCCUAGCAGACAUCACAGGCCUUGUAGAGCCAGACAGUAGUCUGCGAUACAGGAAUAAUCAGGACUGCCACGUUGUCCUCUCAACAGAGCCAAGCAAGAAGCUGCUCUUACAGUUUAACAGAUUCGUCUUAGAAGAGGCAGUAAAUGGAGCAUGUGUGGACAGUUUAAGAUUGCACGAUGGAGAGUCCGACAUGGCGUCACCUUUGACCCCAAAACUCUGCGGCCGACAAUCCCUGUCCGAGGUGGUCUCAACCAGUAGCAAUGUGACGUUUGUGUUUGAAACAGAUGAUACUGGGGUUAGCCUCGGAUUUGGAAUUCUGUACACAGUGUUUGAAGAUGCACCAUGUUCAGCGGGUCAGUUUCAGUGUAACAACAGCCGGUGUAUUGAUUACUCUCUAAUCUGUGAUUCACUGGACAACUGUGGAGAUAACAGUGAUGAGGCACAAUGCAUGGAUGUCAUCGAAACAUCCAGUGGUCUAACGCUAGGUCAGAUUGUCCUCAUCGCUCUCGGAGGCAUCGUGGUCAUUGUCAUCGUCAUCUUCAUCGCCAGAUCACUUGCACAGAAGAUCCGCUCCAACAAGCUUGUGAAGCAGCUCAGAGCCGACAUGGACAACUCCAGGGUGGACAACGAGUAUAGCAAUAAAGACUUCUGGGGCAAGUGAUGGAGCAGGAAUAGACAUGACAGGCCUCUUGGGUAAUUUAGCAAAGUGUAGUUGGCCCGCCAAAAUGUGUAAGGAAUCCAACGUUAAUAAUGGUUGAUCACACAAAAUACACACACUUUACACAAUUGAAAUCAUGUGUUUUGGGAUAUCAUUUUUUUAUAGGAAUAUUAAUUUUUCCUCGAGACCCGAUUUUCUUGAAUUUUUUUUCAAGUUUCUCACAAUAUAUAUUUUGAAUAGAUAUCAUGGUUUACUUUGAUAUUAGCUCUGUAAAAAUACCUUUGUAUGUUUGUGUUUUGUUGGUUACCUAAAUUGAAGAGUGAAGACCAUGCAACUCAAUGAAUUUCUUCUGAUUCCAGUAGUACCUGCUGCAGCGGAUGCCUAGAAUGGUAAAUAAUAAUAAUCUUUUGAAAGACUCCAUACACAGUAAAAAAUUGCAAACUGCUUUAAAUCUUUGUAAGUGACUGGACAUUCACAAGUACAAAUUUGUCAGGUGAAUUUACCAGGCCUGGGCCCCACCUUACUAAGAGUUAAGAUUGAUCCAAUCAACCUCAACUGUAUGGAAAUCUAUCAUUGUCAUAAUUUUUUCUACAUGAACUUUGCACAAUAUCCUUAGUAAACAAAGAGAAGCACACUGAAUUUUUAAGAAAACAAUGAAUGUAAGAAUUUUUAGCAUAUCUAGAAAAUAUUUUGAACAACACAUACAAUUUAGAUGUUGACGUUGCUGGCUUUCCAUAGUAGUGGUUGAUCACAUCAAUGGUAACUCUUCAUAAGACGGGGCCUUGGAAUUUACUGAUGAGGCGCAUCAUAAAAUUCCCCUGUGUUGGGAAUGCUUCCCACGAAGUGAUGAAAGUGGAUGUAACAAAUCUUAUUUUUCAACAACAUUAAUAUCAUGAAAGAGGGAAAGAAAUUAUUACCAAUGUACAUAUGUAAUGUUCAUUUGGGUGGCUUGUGGCCUUUUGUGAAAGCUGUUACUUUUCUAUCUAAUAUAUCCUUUCAUCUAUGAAUUUUAUAGAAAGAAAUAUAUAUACUUGACAAAUUAUCAAUCAAGUGCUUUUUGAAAUCAUACAUAUAUAUUGAUUAUUUUUUAUACUUGUAUAUAAAUAUUUUGCACUGGAAGUACUUUAGACCUCUUUGUCUUUCAUACAUUUAUUUGCGAUAAUUGUGAAUAUACUUUAAGCAUUCCUGGGUGUGCUGUUUGUCUUUCUAUUUAUUAUUGUAUCCGUCCAAACAUCAAUGUCAGUGAAUCAAUAUAAUAUUGUUACAUAGCUCAGUACAACCUAAAACAUGUUGUUGUAGUGUGAUGAUAGUUUCAUGAUAUAUUUUUCUAUAAUAUUUUGUAGAGAAAUAAAGGAAGUCUUAAUUUAGAUCAUGUACAUAAUUUAAAUUGAACAAAAGUGUUGCAUGUAGUACAAGUACAUGCAGAUAACACUUAAUUGUGUUUAGUGUAAGAUCAUGCUCUAAGUAGAUGGGUAUUCAUUAACUUGACUUUUAAGAAUAGCUUACUCGUUUGAGAUCACAGAAAUUUGCCUGCAGUCGACUGAAACAUGCUUCCCGUUCCGAUCAGCCUUCAAGCUAUCGCCUAAAGUUGAUACUGCUGGAGGGAGGCAAAGCAUGUCUUGUGGAUGAUCUAGAUUUGUCCCGCUUUAUUGAAAAUUAGCUAGCUAUGUUUGAAGUGAGGUUUUAGAAGAAUUAUUUUUUGGGGGGGAUUGAAAUUAAGCGUUCGUUCCACCAUCUUUACAUAAUUUUAUGCAACUGGUGUGAUGGCACCUGCUAUAUACAAGUUAUUUUUUAUGAAAAGUUUGUUAUUAAUGGUAGCUAUACUCUGGUAACAGGUCUUAGCAGCCAGUGAAAUCAACAUUUCCUGUUAGUUACCAAGACAGUAAAGCUACUAUAAUAGUAUUCAACGGGACCCUAUUAUGUAAUACGGCUGUUAUAGACAAGGAAAAGCAUGCUAUUCUUGAAUUUCAAAAUGCUGUCUUAUAGAUGCAUGUUUCUACAUGAAAAUAAUUGGAGAUAUCGAAUUUGUCUUUCUGCUUUGUACACAAACAUGAGAUAUUCAUAUUAAAAGUUUGUUUUACAAAUUA